UUUCGCCUUUUGACCUGUCACUCAGGGCUAAGAGAUGGAAUUAUUGCCACUUACCGUGUUUGCCGUUCUUUCUACGGCAGUUUUGUGUGAAGAACUUGCGACAGAGGUUAAAAGGGAGAAAAAAGACAUUUCAAAACUUCAAAAUUUAGGCCUCAACUAUGGUAACAAAUUUAACAAAGGAUAUUACCCUUCUGGAGGCUAUUUACCACCUAGUUAUAACUACGACUACAACUACGAUAGAAGACCUUUCUACCCGACUCCACAGUGCGAUUGCCGUGUAUCCCCACCGCCACCUCCACCGGCUCGCUGCGGACCUUCCUUCUAUCCCGGCCCAUCCGGUUUUGGUCAACAGACUUUUUCAAGCGCCUCCAAAAACUACUACCUUCCUCCGAGACCUGCUCCAUUUCCACCAUCGGCCACCGUCGAUGACACCCUCGUCGUCUACCCUGCAGGCCCGCCUUCUGUGACAGUAAAUGCGGUCGCUCCAGUCUUAAGCGCACAUUCGCCCAAAGCAGUCGAAAGUUCCGGCUACAACUAUGCACGCCCCACGGUGCCCUUCAAUUAAAAAUUAACGAUUUUGUAUUUUUAACAGGAAUUAAUAUAUGAUUAAAAAUAAUA